AUGUCAGCCGACGCUCAGCCCAAUCCAAAGCAACGUUCUACAAUCGAAAAACAUCCUAAACCACCGUUCAACCCGAAAGAAUUGAAGUGCGAACCGGUAAAGUGUGUUGCACAGCAGAAGGCGGCCAUAGGCACUCAAUGUGUCGUAUGUGGAGAUCGUGCUUGUUCGCAUCUAUACUAUGGAGUCGCUGCCUGCCAUGGAUGUAAAUGUUUUUUUUGGAGAACGGUGAAGAGCCAUCUAACGUAUACUUGUCGGUAUAAUGGAAACUGUUCAAUUUCCACAGCUGGGAGAAAUGCUUGUCGCUUUUGCCGUUUCACCCGUUGUCUCAACUCCGGAAUGAAACUCGAAGCUGUUCGUAUGGAUAAGAAAGAUGAUAAGAAACCCAAACGCAAGAAGGAAGAAGAAAACGACGAAAAUAAAAAUGACAGUCCAUACAAUGAUCAGCCUGAUCUUAAGAGAGUCCGAAUGGACAACCGUUUAUUUGUAAGCUCUCUCUUGCUGGUAGAUAGAACCAGCAGAGAUGGAGGUGAUCAACAGACUUCCCCAUAUCCUGUGGCUCUUGAAAAAGCCAUUCAGCAUCCCGAAAUGUUGAAUUCCGAUCGCUUCCCUAUGGAAUACAACAUGGGAGCCGCUGCCGACAUGAUUGCUUGCGGUGAGAGCGAGCGUCGGCUGGUAAUCUGGGCGCUUGACUGGAUUAGACAGGCGGCCGACAUUAAAGAAGAGGAUAGUAUCAGCGCGACGGAUAAGGUUUGCUUGUUGCGUGCUGCGUGCAGUCCUCUCCUGCUCUUGGAAUUGGCAAAUGCUAGCUGUAAUACCAUGGAAACAGCGCUUCCUCUUCCUAAUAACACUUAUCUUUAUAAAGAUAGUCAACUACCAAAGAAUUGCUUCUUAAAUACUCGUUUAACUUCAUCAAUUUUAUCUUGGGCUAAUAAGCAUUUACGUAUGAUGAAUCUUUCGCCCAAGGAACUUGUGCUUCUGAAAGCUCUGAUCGUUUUCAACCCAGAUUCGGAAGAUCUUUCACCUAUGGCAUCUGAGAACGUUGCAGAGCUCAGAUCACUUGUUCAAUCUUGUUUGUUCCAAAUUUGUGUUGAUCACGUUGGAAUGGAACAAGGAGCAAAGCGCAUUUGCUCUAUUCUUCUUCUUGUACCUCAGAUACAGGUAAUGGCAGUGGAACUUAUAGAACAUAUUCGUAUGAGAAACACUUUUGCUCCAACUCUGGCCGAUCCUCUUGUAAGCGAGCUUUACGGGGACAUCUUUGACAACGAUGCCAAAGAUGAUCAGUCAAUGAACUCAUCUUCCUGUAGCCCAAGCACAAACUCAGUUGACAGCACUUAA